CAACAUCCUCGCACGAGCCUCCACCACUUAACUUGAAUGGAACAAGUAAUGUUGAGAUCUAAAUGUUUUGCCUACAUGUAAUCAACAAAGGAUCUGUGUAACAUGGAUACGACAAUGGCGGACGAUCUGAAUCAGACCACUGGCUUCAGUAAUGCCACCUUACGCCUUUGCCCAUCAGUCACAACUUACAUCAUCCUUCCAACUCUCUACACCCUGAUGUUCCUAACUGGUCUCCCUGGAAACAUCCUCUCAUUGUGGGUCUUCAUGGCCAGGAUUCCCGACAAGUCCCCGACACACAUCUACCUCAUCAACUUGGGCGUAUCCAACCUGGUCUUAUGCUUGACAAUGCCCGUACUGGCUGGGUACUAUGCCAUGGGCUUUUGGUUGGACGUGAGCCACCCUUUCUGCAAGAUGGCCGUGUCCUUCCUGACACCCAUAAUCCACACCAACAUCACCGUGGGCAUGAUCAACCUGACCUGGGUGGCUUUGAGUCGCUGUGCCACCCUCGUCCUCAACAACCAUGCCCACCGGCCGAGCCGCGUGACCAAAAUCUUCCCAUCAGCCUUCCUGCGGCAGUUUCGCCACACUCGCUUUGCUUGGGGCCUCUGCCUGGGCACCUGGGGCAUUGUGCUAACCAGUCUGGUUCCUGCCAUGGUGAUGUACUCUGAGGACGUGAGCCAGACACGAGACAUGGAGAAAUGCUACAGUGCCAGGGUGGAGGUUGGCAGUGGUGGUUCGGUUAUGUUCGUGCUCAUUGUUGGCAGCCUGGUCAUCUUUUUCUUCUGCUAUCUGCUGGUGCUCGGCUCGUACAUUGCAGUGGCUCGCCAUAUCUUGCGCAUCCGCCACAACACGGCUAUGUCCAACCAGCAGCGUGUCUACACAAAGGUGUUCCGGAACAUCAUGGUCAUUCAGGUGGUUCUGAGCAUUUGCUUACUGCCUCACCAAAUCUGGAAGGCUGCUUUCUUGCAGCUGGUGCACCAAUACUCUGAGUUUGCAUCACUCCACGACGACCCCUGUCACCCACUCUCCGUGCACGUGGAGAUAAAGAACAUGCUCAUCUCUCUGGCUGCUCUGCGCUGCAGCACGGAUCCCAUCACCUACUUCCUGCUGGACAGGACGUUCCGCAAGCACACCAUCAGCAUGUUAGGACUGACCCCACCCUCAAGUAGCCAAUCGUCAGGAUCAUUGCUGGACCAUAAUGGAGCGACAUCACCUGGUUCCAAGGUACUUCACUUUUCACCAGUCAAGACUGAAAACAGUAUGAUGAUGCAAUGUACUGAAACAUGAUAAAUACUGUUAAAGAAACUCAUAUAACCAUGUUAUAUUCUGCAGUCUCGAGUCUGCAGUUCCUCGGGAGAACUUGGCUAGAAUUAUCUGUGGUUUAAGUGCAUUACUGAGAGAUGGGUGUUGUGAACAUAUAUUACAGUGUGGAUUAAGUAGAGGUGUUGAAAUUGAUCAAAUAAUCAAUGCAUCAUGAUGCGGACAUGGACGAUGCUGCAUUGAUGCAGUAGCCGACCAUAAUCGAUUAUAACACAAUAAUGUCGCUCGUUAGUUUAACAAACAUUUAAAUGAAAAAUAACAUUCUCAAUAGCCUAACCCGUUUCAUCUAGUCUAUAUGAAACAGGUUAGGCUACUAAGAAUGUUAUUUUUCAUCCAUGUCCAUAGAGUCUAGAUCAGGGGUCUCCAACACACUGCCAGUGGGCAGCAGGUAGACUGUGGGAUGUCUAUGAGGUGACACCUUGUUAAAAUAGCCAACAAGUCACCUGCAGAUCACGCUUUAAAAACAUCCUCCUAUGUGACGUUUCUUUUUAAUAGAUAUUUAAUUGUAGACCACAACCAUUUUAAGAAUGUAUGUACAGUAGCCAUACAUCUGUAACAUUAACUUGAUAUUGGUGGUGAUAUCUUAGAUAUUGAAGCUGGGUUAAAUUGUAGCCUUUGGCUCCAAAUCCCUUACCCAUUACAUUUUUAAACAACAAUGGAAGCAGAGUGCGUACUCGCACGCAUAAACAGUAAAAAUAAAAUAAAUAAAUAAAUGAAUAAAAACUUGCUCGCCUGAUGCAACCAAUGGAAGCAUAUGACUGUGCAUUAAUUACCUGGCGAAAAACAAAAGCUUUCUCGUCAGAUCAUGGAGAGAUUUGAGAUGUGCAAUAACUAUAAAAGUCGUAGUAGCAGCUGUCUUGCUAGGCCCAGUGAAACCUGGCAAUGUCGAAUAUUCCGCUGGUUGGUGCACAAGCAAGCGUUCAGAUUGGUGCUCUGUCCAUUCACAUGGAUUCCACUGGAGCAGAUCCUCCGCACGUCUUCGGUAGCCUACAGGAUGUCUCUUAGCUUUGCACUUUCAUAGGGCCAUACUGUAUAUGUAGCCUAUAAUAUGCUAUGUAACUGUAGGGCUAUGCAGCCUAUUUGUAUGCAGAAAAUGGAGUUGAUUUCUGUACAGACAUAUAGUAAUUAAUUGGUGUAGUCUGUU